AUGAAGGCCAACGUCCUACACGAAAGCCAAGAAAGAUCUAUCCUAGCGACUUGGAUGAGAUCAGGGACCUCAAAGGCACUUUAUAUCCUCAAAGAUGAACUUCCAAAGUCGCAGGGUGACUGGGAUCCGGUUCUGCUGGCUCUGAUGGGUACGGGGAACCAAACUGAUGGUAUCGGCGGAGGCACACCAACGACUUCGAAAGUGGCCGUGGUUUCUCGGUCAACCAAAGUUGGAUUCGACGUUGAUUAUACCUUUGCCCAGGUAGUAUCCAUGACCGGCAAAGUCGACAUGUCUGGAACCUGUGGGAAUUUAGCCGCUGGGGUUGGACGCUUUGCCCUGGAUCAGAAACUGGUGGAAUGUCCACAGGGACAAAGCCAGGUUGCGAUCAAAGUUUUCGUCACGAACACUGGCCAAGCCCUUUUGGUCACCGUUCCCUUUCCGAACGAUGCCACGCGAGAUAUCGGAAUUACAUUCCUCGCGCCUAAUGGCCCCAUGACCGGAAGUCUGUUUCCCAGUGGAGCCAGAAAAGACUAUCUCUCCUUCGAAUGUCCUAGCACUGGGACUCAGUUUGUUGUCAAAACUACCCUAAUUGACUGCACAAACCCAUUCAUCUUCGUGGAUUCUGCAUCAAUGCCGAAGCCUUACACCUUAUCUGGACCGAAAGAUAGGCAGUCAGAAGCGCUCAUUGAAGCAAUUCGCCGUGCAGGUGCGGUUCGAAUGGGACUGGCGCGAGAUACAUCGGAAGCUGGACUGCGUCGGGGGACCCCGAAGAUUGCGUUGGUUGCUUGUCCGAGCACCGUGGAUUCAUCGGUGGAUGUGGAAGUGACAGCAUUCAGCACUGGGGUUUUACAUCCUUCUUUCCAGGUCACUGGUGCAAUUUGUUUGUCUGCUGCUUUGAGUAUACCCGGUACGGUGGCAUCGGACUUGUUGCCUUCGCCUACUCUCUGUCGAGAAUCUUGUCAAAGAAAGCUACAGUCACCGUGCGUGUGGCGCAUUGCACAUCGGGCGGGACAGAUUCAUGCUGAAAUCGAUGUGUCACAAGACAAAGACGGCGAAUACUUUGUUGAAAAAGGCAGCAUUGUGCGAACAGCUCGGAAGUUGUUUGAGGGAUUGACAUUUUAUUCCUUGCGGUAA